GACGGUCAAGACGCUACUUCCGUCUCAUUUACAUAUCUGUGCAAACAACUUUCUCAAGAAAUGUAGCAACAGAAAGCAUCGUAAUGGGCUUUGGACAGAAAACGACAUGAAGGUAGUUCUCCAAAACCGCACGACUUCAUCUCGCUUGUGGCCAGCAAGGAGGUGUUCUAUCGGUUGGCCCGCCUCCCCUCUGGCUGAAUCCUUCUGUUGGCAGUCCAAAGUUUUUGGGUCUGGGUAGGGACGAGUGAGGGAGAAUACGAUCCGAGUACUUUGAUGGUUUGUGUUGGUGGUCCCGUAACACUGUUGGCGGCCGCAACUGGAGUGUCAGACACUUGACAGUGAUAACACCAGGAGGGAUGGCGUUAUAGCGCCAAGCUUUUGUCUUUCUGAAGAGUUCCUCCUUCGGCUCUGCAGAGUUUCCACUGAUUGGAUCAGACACUCACCAGGUGGCGAUGGUGGAACAACUGCAGCAGAAUGGCCAGGCCCAGGUGGCGAGCGUUACCGGCCUGGUUUUUGAGGACGACGAGCACAACACUCGCACGCUGCAGUCCCUCAACAUGAUGCGAAAGAACAGACACUUCUGCGACGUUAUCCUGCAUGUCGGCAGCAUGGAGUUCCAUGCCCAUCGUGCGGUGUUGGCAUGUGCCAGUCCUUACCUGUUUGAACUCUUCACCACUGACGAUGAAAACAAGGGCAGUCAACGUGAAAACGUCAUCACUUACAAGCUGAACGGAGGAUUCGAUCCGACCGCGUUGGAGAAGCUCAUCCAUUACGCGUACACUGCCAGACUAGAAGUGAACAAUUCGCGGGUGAAGGCUGUGUACUUGGCGGCGUGCCACUUGAAGAUGGAUCGUGUGAUGAAAGAAUGUACACGACACCUCAUCAAAAACCUCAACAUUGAGAACUGCAUCGAGACCCGCUCCCUGCCUGGCAUUGCAAGAAACAAGGCGUUUGUCGAUCAGGUCGAUGCCUUUAUCGCUAAAGAGUUUGAAAGCGUGUCCAAGUCGAAAAUCCUUCUCUCUCUUCCCUGUGUGCGCAUUGAAGUGUUGAACCAAACUCGCCAGGAGAUGUCUCUGGUGGUAGGCGAAUCGCUCUGUCAGCUCGUUCUCGACUGGGUCAGGCGCCAGUGUGAUGACGCUAUUAACAUGGACCAGCUAACAGAAAAGACUCACCUCCUGUACCUUGCCAUGGACAACUCGCUGCAGGACUGCACAGAACUUCCGAGCGGCGACGUGAGUGACACCGAGAUUGUGCAGGAUUACAAGAAAUUAUCUAAGCGGAAUCAAGCUAAUCCCAAGGGUAGACGCAAGGGUCAAUUACAGCCGGCUAAGCCCCGAGUGCUUAUUUACUCCCGAGAUAUCGGUGAGAGAACCGAACAGGAGAAAGAAACUGACUGGAAUCUCAUCGCAGCAGCGAAAGUCGGAGAACAUACAUUCAUGGCUCUUGUGACAAUCAGUGGACGACUGGCCACCAUGUCUGUUAUGCUUCGGCUGAACCAGCCAUCGAGCCCGUCCCCCGUCGUGACGCCUGUCGCCAGCCGCCCCGCCAGCGAAGAGAAACCGGAUCUCUACUGCGUGAUGGCAAACAUGAGCUCAGUCAAGUGUGCGGCUGGCUGCGCAAAUCUCAACGACUCGCUUCUCGUCUGUGGCGGUUAUGACCGGGCCGAGUGUCUGAAGUGCGUGGAGUUGUAUGACCCAGAAACUAAUCUCUGGGACACGUUAUCCUCCAUGAAGGAAGCACGUGGUCGUUUUGACAUCGCUGUAGUCAAAGGGAAGGUGUAUGCCAUUGGUGGUAGCAAUGGCACGACGGAGCUCGCCACGGUCGAGAAGUACGAUCCACAGGAGAAGAAAUGGACUCAGAUCACUCCUUUGCCUCUUGCAAGGUGCAACAUAGGUGUGUGUGAUCUGAAUGACCUGAUUUACUGCAUUGGUGGAUGGAAUGGCCAAGUAGGCAUCAAGCAGUGUGAUGUUCUGGACCCCGUCACAAGACAGUGGAGCCCCGUUGCUCCGCUUCAGACUGGGCGCUACCAGGCAGGUGUCUGUUCCAUGGAUGGUCUGGUGUUUGCAGCGGGCGGGUGUGAUGCCUGGAACUGUCUCAGCUCUGUUGAAGUAUAUGAUCCACAUACAGACGUCUGGACUUACGCCAAAGGAAUGAUUACUGCAAGGAGAGGGUGUGGUCUUGCUGUUUUCAAAGGAAGGCUUUAUGCUGUUGGAGGGUCAGAUGGCACACACUCCCUGUGUUCAACUGAGAUCUAUGAUCCACAAGAGAAAAUCUGGACUCCGGGUCCCAACAUGACGACAGCGAGAGCCAACGUGGGAGUUGCAGUUAUAGGCAGUCGGCUGUAUGCAGUUGGAGGAUUUUCAGGCAAAACUUUCCUUAACAGUAUUGAGUACCUGGAUGAGAAGACAAAUGAAUGGACCACGUUUGUUCCAAAACUGGUUGCAGAGGAAAGGGUUGGUACAGUCUGCUUAGACAUAAAGCAGGAGAUUGGGAUACGUCUGCAGUCGGUUGAUCUACAGCCUGAAGAAGAGAAUGAAACUGUUCACGUGGUUGGAAAUGGCAGAGUGUCUCACAAGGACACGAGCCCGGUUGAAGAGACUGUACUCCCAUGGAGGAAACGAAGUCAGAAUAACAGUAGAGAUGCCUGCCAGCAAAAAUCAAAUGAUGGAGGGUAUUGAGAGCCUCAAGAGGUUGGAGCCCUCUAGUUAAAGCACUUUUAUGCUUCACAAUUAAUCGCUGGGUGUUCUCUGUUUUCAGGAAGCCGGUUUCUUUUCCUUCUCCCAUUUUUUUUUUUGAAAAGUUUCAGUGGCACAUCCUUCCUGAAAUUUGAAAUUCAAGGUCUAUAUGCCAUCUCUUGUGUUUUGCACUGAUGUGGAGUAGUAUUGUAAUUUGCCCCAGUUGAAGCAGUUUACGGUGUUUCGUUAAAUUUGAACAUUGUGUGUUCUUUCUCACCUUGAAUUAGUUUGAGAAAUAAAAGAAAUAUGAUUUUUGGAAGGAAUUUGAACUUACCAGACAUUGAAAGCAGGUAUUACGUAUGUAAAAAAAAAACUUUACGUGUGGACAAGCGUUUAUCCUGUGUGUCAGAAAGCCUACAGCAUAAGAGAUUGACGUAGUGCAGAAUGCUCGAUUGGCAUUAUCAAACGAUCUUUUUUAUUAAGUCUGGGCUGUAUUUUCCUGAAGUGACUGUGUACAUUUUUCUUUACCUUCCCAAAGACCAAUUGUCAACUUAACAAAGUCUGGAUGUAGUUAUGGAAUGUGAUGCCAUGUAAUCUACAGGUGUUUCAGAGGAACCUGUCUCAUCCAUCUUCAUGACAGAAGUUUCUUGAAACAUUGGUAGCUACCUACAAGACUACAUGUUAUAAACCAGGAUUUCACAAUCCAUAUAUCUGCCAUGAAAUCCUCAUAUGAAUGCAGAUAAUUUCAUGAGAUAGUUUUUGAAUUUGAAGAUAUUAAAAAUAAAAUAUGCCGUGGUCUCAUUAGGCCCUGGUGUUUGAAUUUUUCUCAGGUCCCUCCCGAGCCUGUGAUUUUGGCUACACUUGUAAAUUGUUAUUAAUCAAAACUCAUGGCUGAGGCCUCUGUAAUAAGAGUUUUUGAAGAAGAUAUAUUUCUGGCUUUGACAGGGUACUAAAACAGUUGUUUAUUGCAUUUUUUUUUUUAAAUUUUGAUUGACACUGAAGAAACUAUAUGAAAUUUUUUGCAGUUAAGGGAUAUAAUUCAGUUACUUGUGUGUUAUGAAAUUUUAUAUUAAUGUAUGUUUCCAUAAUACACGGGUAGCGUGAGCUCGUACGUAGAUGAAACCAGUAAACGCUGUUGGGUAUUUUGUGAAUGAUUAGUAUGCCAACUUUUUAUAUUAAACUUACAAAUGUAAUAUUUAUACAGAUAUUAAACCUCUAUAAUCAUAUUUAAAACCUAGAUUGCCAUUUGUAUCGGUACCCAACAGUGGCUGCUGUCUUACAUCUAUCACAUUUGAAGUCUGCGCUGCUGGUUAAGAACUUCCCUUCAGCUUAAUUUCCACAUGAUUGCAAUUUAAAUAAGCGUUUGCAUCCUAUAAUAUGAACAUUAAUUUCUAGACUGAAUCUACUUUUAUAAAUUGCCACUUUAUAUCUUCCAUACAGCUGAAAAAUAAGCAAAUCUGUUGAUUUUAUAGAUGUCCGUCGAUCUUGGCGCAGUAUAAUAAAAUGCACAUUUAUUAUGUUGAAGAACGUGUUCUCAGAUUUUAUGAACUAAAUUUUUGAUUUGACGUUAGUAGUACUGUACACGGGGCAGAUGACUUGGGUAGUGUUGUUCGUGGUACAUCGGUACAUAUCAUUUCCAUCUGAUUGCCAUCUAAUUACCAGCGUUGAGAGAAAAUUCAGAUUAUUUGUCUGAUCACAGAGGACUAUUAUUGUGAUAUCUAAAUUUCUCUUUUCUUUUUUUUUUAAUUUAUGGGAUUAAAUUUUGUGAUGUUCUGACAUCAUUGCAGUACAAGCCAUCCACAUGUCACGUGGUAGUGGUACCUAUGAAUUUGUAUUUGGGUGAUAGGAUUGCAUUUUGAAGCCUUUGUGAGUUGUUGUUUUACCCGUCGUCCUACGUGAGUGACCAGAUGCAAGCAGCGUGGGAGGCCGGCUGACACGGAAAUAGUAAAAUGGCUAUUCGUGUGGCACUGUCCUUUGUACUGGUGAAGCGGUCGGGAGAGCGAAGCGGCCAAAGUCCGAUCGGUUGACGAGAUCAGAUAUUUUGAUAUUUUUUGCGCGAAUCGCGGCAGUUUGCUGUGCUUGCCGUACAGUACAGGGAAGUCUCGGGCACUGGCAAGCUGUGUGUUCUGCAUUUCAUAACAGUGACGGGAACAUUAUCGAAAAUUAUAAUUAAUGAAGUGAAAAGCAGAUGCAUUCUUACGUAUUCAUGAAAGAGUUUUGGUCUUGUUGAAUUAUUUCUCAGUUCCUCAAACAAAUGGUGAAAUUCACCGUACACUUCCCUCUCCGUGUAGAUAGCGUUUCUUGGAGUUCCCUUCCUUUUUCUGACAAUCAACAUUUUCAGAAAAACAAUUUCGCACAGCUGAAGAUCGUGUUUCGCUGACCAUGACAUGAUGUUGAACGUGCCUUGGUCACCUCUUGCGUUCUCCCAUGCAGGAAAUGUCAACUGACUUUGUCCGACCAUUCACACCGCUUAUGCCGCUCGCUUGUGAUUGCUUACGUAGAACAUUGCCUUAGUGCCACUUAUCCUUGGAGAAUAUGGCAUAAUUUUAGUUUUUAACUUCAUUAUUUCCAUGUGAACGGGAAUUUCUCUGAUAUAUUAGAUUCAUUCAAGAGUACACAUUUCAAAACUCGUUGAACCUUCAACUAAUUGAACACUUGUUUAUGCUAUUGUAUGUGAGGUACACCUAGGAUUUAUGCAAGACGAUGGAUGGUAAUUGUUUAAUUUGGCCACACUUUACAGAACUGUUGGGGGGCGGGGGGGGGCUAUAGAAUCUUGUACCUACUUUGAACUAUUAUAAGUGCAUUUAGUUUAUACAUUUUAGUGUUUAUGCUAUAUUGAAAUGACUGUAUUAUAAAUCAUUGUUUGCAUCUUGGUCGUACUGAUGGGUGACACUGGAAGUAGUGAAGCUGGGUCCAGAAAGAAUUAUGUAUUUUUAUAAUGUAUAUGUAUUCAAUUCUGUAACAGGUGUCAGUGUAUGCCGUAAUAUCUGAUGCGGAGAAAACCAUGGUAACUGUUUCUGGUAAUAAUGGAAAAUGAACCUGGUGACCAUUGAGAAAAGAAAACUUGUAUGUAAUCUGGUACCUUAUCAAACUGAAUUUAAGGUUCUGACUGCAAGCCAGAUUUAAAUUUCAGACUUCUAACGACACUGGCCUUAGGUUGAAUUAAAUAUCAGUUUUUCGAAAAACUAUUGAAAAUGGAAAGGUGAAGAAUUAUUUUUGACUAGAACACAAAUUUUUACAGAUUUCAGAGCAUGCAGCUUUGGGUGUGUCAGCACUUCACAUUUUAUCCGAGACCAAAUGUCCUGACAGAUUAAUGUAUUUGUGAGAUUAAUGAGUCAAAUGCAUAUAUAAACCGCACCUGAAUUUUAAGAAUAAAUAAAGUCACAUUUAUAAGCCA